GUGUCCAGAAUUUGCAUUUUGAAGCCGACCUCGGAAAUCAGCUCUAGCACUGAAUUCCAGGUGCAGUCUUGGAGGGGAAUACCGAGGCAUACUUGAAGAGUGGCUGAAGUGGGAAAAUUAACUCUUGGCCAGAAAAUUAUCCCACUGUUCUUUGAAUCUACCCUUGGACCCAUCCUUUUCAUUCUUUCAGCGCCAACAUGUACUCAAAAUUCUGGCCCAAGGGCGGACUCCCAGGUAUUCUUCAUCAUUAUACAGAAACUCUCGUGACAUUUGAAUUUACAUCCAAUGCCGUCCAACAACCUUACAGUAUUCUCUUUGUCGGAGGGCUGGGAGACGGUCUUGCAACAACAUCAUACACCUCCGAUCUCGUUCGCGCGUUACAACCCACAAAAUGGUCUCUAUUUACAUUAAACUUUACAUCAUCCUAUCAGUCAUGGGGCCUUGGGCAUUUGGAUAGAGACACAAACGAGAUCGCGCAGUGUCUACAAUAUAUAAGCGAAUACAAAGCCAGCAAAUUUGGUCAUGAUAACAGCAAGAUUGUUCUCAUGGGACAUUCCACGGGAAGUCAAUGCGUGUUGCAUUACUUAUAUCGCCCGAACCCGCACACAACCACGCCUGUUUUUGACUCGGACCUUCAGCAUAUUAAACGCCGGGUACUAGAUGGUGCCAUCAUGCAAGCACCAGUGUCUGAUCGUGAGGCAAUUCUCUGGGUGUUGACGGAAGGGAUUGGCGGUAAAACACCCAGCGAAGUGCGAGAAGUCUAUGAAAAAGUAGAAAAAAUUGCAAAAGAAGCGGAUCGACAGAACAGAGAAACGAAUUCCCGGUUCGACACUCUCUUGCCAAUAUCAUUGACAUCCCAGACUGGAUACCCAGUCAACACUCCGCUUAGCGCACGAAGAUUUCUGAGUCUCGUGAGCCCCGAAAGUCCACAGUCACCACGAGAAGAUGAUCUAUUUAGCUCCGAUAUUGGUGAGGAGCAAUUAGCAAAGACAUUCGGAAUGAUCAAACAGCAGGGUCUACUGAAGAACAAGUUGCUGGUCUUGUAUUCCGGAAAAGAUCAAUCGGUCCCGGAUUGGGUUGAUAAGGAAAAACUAUUGUCCAAAUGGAGGAACGCCACGGAUCGGAAUGGGAAAUAUGAAGUCUGGGAUCAAGAAUAUAGCGGGAUUAUACCGGGAGCUUCUCAUGCAUUGAGCAAUGAUGAUCAGGCGGAGCCACGGAGAGAUUUAGUUAGGAGGGUUAUGGGAUAUUUGCAAAAACUAGAGAACGCAUGACACGUGAGCUGAUACUAUUCAAAUGGGAAUAGCAUGUAUUGCAGGAUAAUUAUCAUUUCCAAAGUUGAAAGCAGCUACCAAUGACAGAGCCUAUUGUGG